AUGUGCAUAAAAUCGCAGCUUUGCCCCUAUCCGGUGAUCACUGAUUUCAGUCCAAAAAAGGGACCAAUAGCUGGAGGAACCAAGUUGGUGAUUGAUGGUAUGAAUCUCGGUCAUAGCUACAAAGCAGUGGUGAAUGCAGUCACUGCAGCAAACGUACGCUGUGACGUUGACGAGAGUGCAUACGUGACCGCUUCACGCAUUGUUUGUCGAACACGACAAAGUCCAUUACCGGUGCUGGCCCGUAAUCCAGUGAUUGUGAAAUUACGGGAUGAACAUCGAUACACGGCAAUUUCAAACGACAGCUAUACCUAUGUGGAUCCAGUUAUCACGAACAUGGAACCUUCAAAAGGUUUUCUGUUUUGUUCAUUUCCUCCUGAAAUAAGCUCUCAGUGUGGGCUUGAAAAGUCGGGCAGAAUCCUGAAAAUUUGUGCACAUAAAUACCAGUCGAACUGUUGCAUACUGCUUGCCUGA